AUGUUUCGUCGCCGUGACUACCUCUUUAAACUUCUUCUCAUUGGUGACUCUGGAGUUGGAAAAUCUUGUCUUCUACUUCGAUUCGCCGACGACACAUACACCGAGUCCUACAUUUCCACCAUUGGAGUAGAUUUCAAGAUCCGCACUAUCGAGUUGGACGGUAAAACUAUCAAGCUUCAAAUCUGGGAUACGGCUGGUCAGGAACGUUUCCGCACCAUUACGUCGAGUUAUUAUAGAGGUGCUCAUGGAAUCAUUGUGGUGUACGACAUCACUGAUCAAGAGUCCUUCAAUAACGUGAAGCAAUGGCUGCAGGAAAUUGACCGAUACGCUUGUGAGAACGUCAACAAGCUUCUUGUUGGGAACAAAUGUGACCUCACCGCUAAGAGGGCUGUUGAAACCCAGGCUGCUAAGGAAUAUGCCGACCAGCUCGGAAUACCUUUCUUGGAGACAUCGGCUAAGUCUUCGACCAAUGUUGAACAGGCGUUCUUGACCAUGGCGUCUGAGAUCAAGUCACGCAUGGGUCCCGUGCAAGGAGCGGGAGGCGCUCCCGCUGUACGCAUCACAGGGUCACAACCUGUGCAGGACAAGAAGAGUGGUGGAUGCUGCUGA